UGACAGCUUGACCAAAUAGGUGCGCUGAAAGGAAAAAUCUUUUGGCACGUUCGUGCGUGUUCCCUAUUUAAUUCCUUUGUGUCUGAAACGCAGAAGCAAUACUUUCAAAUUACAUUUCGUUCUCAUAACCACAGCGUACGGUGAUAACCAUGCGUUGCGUUCAGAGCUUUAUUUUCGGUCUCUUCCUGCUCCAACUGGCAAGAGGCGAAGACAAUAUAUUAGGUAAGACAUGCCCACCUCCAGAAGCUCCGGAAAAUGCUGAAGCAAUUGGCAAUAAUACGGUUGGUUCCGUCGUCAAAUUCUUGUGUAAAGAGGGCUUCUAUCGACUUGGAAAUCCUCAUAGAAUCAGAUGUCAGUCAAAUGGACAAUGGACUAAACACAAUGUGUCUUGUGUUGCUGUAAGUUGUGGAGACCCUGGAUCUCCCUUGAAUGGAAAACGCAAGGGCUGGUUAUUUCAGUACAAUAACAGUGUCACUUUCGACUGCCAUCGCGGUUUUAAACUGGAAGGCCCCAACGCAAGAACAUGUCUUGCGAACCAAACCUGGAGUGGCACGCAGCCAAUUUGCAAACCUGUACCCUGCGAGGAGCCUCCAAAAGUGCCUGACGCAGUGAUGUUCGGCGGUGGGUUUGUUUUUGGAGCACACGUGUAUUACACUUGUAAUGAAGGGUAUAAAUUGAAAGGACCAGAUACUUUGACAUGUGGGGAAGAUGGAAAGUGGGUCGGUGAGACACCUGUUUGUAAAGUGGUAACGUGUGCUGAUCCCGGUACACCUCAACACGGUUCAACAAAUUCAACCGGCCCUCCAUUCUCUUAUCUGUCAAUGAUCUUCUAUAAAUGUAACGAUGGAUACAUUUUGUAUGGAUCUGACAGGCGCUCUUGUGUUGGUGAAGGGGAGUGGACUGGGGUGCAACCGUUUUGUGUUGAAUGUGCAGGUGUUAACACCCCAGUCUUUGUCAGGAAUGGCCAACGUUUCAUCCAUGGAAUAAUUCAGCAAAAAAGCAAAAAUAUCGUGACAGUUCUGAUUGACUCAUCCAAAGAACAAAGAGACGUUGCGAUAUUUGGACCUGGAACACAACAUUACAUUAUAGUAGAGGACAAACUCCCAUCUCCGAAGAACAUCUUCUUGGGAACGCGUGUGAUUGCAAUGCAAAGAGGAACGUACAUCUUUGCCAAGGUUGACGCGAUCAAUGGUGACAAGUAUUCGGUAACAUUUGAGGACAAACAGCGGACUAAGCAGACUGUGACAUUAGAGCAUAUCCGUAACUUGUUUCCCCCGACAUUCUGUGCAACAUGUUCAGACCCUGGAAAGCCAAACAAAGGCUUUAGAACGGACAACUUGGAGGAGUUUAUUGUAAGGACCGAAGUGGAAUUUGGUUGUGAAAUAAAUACCCGUCUGAUCGGAUCAAGUAAGAGAACUUGUCAACCAAGUGGAAGAUGGUCUGGAGAACAACCGACUUGCGAAAUUACUUCGUGCUGGGACCUCGAUGUCUUUCCUCCAAAAAAUGGCAAACGAAUUGGUGAUGACUUUUCUAUUGGAAGCACUGUGACCUUUUCCUGUGAUGAGGGAUAUGAGCUUGACGGAGAAUCGAAGCUGACAUGUCGCCCGGAUGGUCAAUGGUCUGACCAUCCACCUUUGUGUAAAGAUCGUUGCGAGGGCGUGGUUUGUAAACUUGAAGAGAAGUGUGUCUAUAACAGUGCCCAAGGGGUCAGAUGCGUCUGUCGUGACAACGUGGACUGUCCUGCCGAUUUACAACCCAUCUGUGGUUCGGAUGCGAAAACCUACAACAAUUACUGCAUCAUGAAGGCGACUGCUUGUCGAGAAGGGAAGAAGGUGGAGAAGGUAGCAGAUAAGUCAUGUUCUCCUGGUGGAAUUUGUCAGAUAAACCCUGCAAGCAAAUGCAGAGCUUACUUCAGAAAUUUUUAUUUCAACGUGACAACUAAUACGUGUCAGCCAAUCGUUGCUGGUGGUUGUCACCCAAGCGGAUGGAAUGGUUUCCCUACCAUGGAAGAUUGCAAUCGCACUUGUUCUGUGGACGUAUGUAGCCAGCCUACUGAGCCGGGACCGUGUAGCAACACCAUACAUCGAUGGGCAUUUAGCCCCAAAGCUGGUCGUUGUAAACGAUUCAACUAUGGAGGCUGUUUUGGAAAUGAAAAUAACUUUGACAGCAAAGAAAAAUGCAAUAAACGCUGCCCUCCUGUGAUUACUGAACAAGGAAACAAAGCCUGUCCAAGAUGCAUUCAAAGGAAACUUCGUGAGGCAUGCAAAUCGAGCAGUAUCGCUUUUGUAGGCGAAGUCGAUAGGGAAUUGCGACAUGAUCCAGUCAAGAAACAAGCUCGUUAUCUGGUCGUGAUAAAGAACGUGCUCAGGAAAUCUGAGGGAUUUCCUACAUUGGGAAGUGUUGUCGUGAAUAUUCCUUACAGCGAGUCACCAGACUGCCCAUGCCCUUUGCUACCCGACCAAGAAACGUUCCUUCUGAUGGGAGAUGUCGUGGUUGAACCAAAAGGCAACAGUGCAAAAGUUGACAUAUCUGUCACUAAGCCGGCGGUUGUGCAAACGUGGAGCCAAGAGCUCAUUCAGAAAAUGAAUAGAAAAUGCAAAGAUUUAGAUUAUCGUGAGCUACUGUAAUCUUCCACAGUUUUAUGGACAAGCCACCCUUUUUUAAUAUCGAUGAAAUUAUAAACAAUUUAAUUGUAGAAGAGAAUUAGAUAUUUUGACAGUGACAGCAGGCUCAAAGAACACGUUCUAAAUUAAAAACAUCUCAGCUUGGCUUUAAACUCAGAGCGUGCGUUUUAAUCAGAGCGCGUUCUCUUUGCAAUUGCUUACUUGUGAUUAUUUUGUAAGAAUAAUGUAACUGCUUUUUUUUUUGUUCAACUUCAGCCGAGCAGACCUGAAGGCACUAAUCUAUCUAGAUUCAACCAUGACUCUUGAGAUCAUGAAUGUGAACGAUUACUGAAUGUAGUAGGUGCCAAUAUUUUUCUCUCAAAAUAACUUGCAUUAAACUAGCAAAGGUAACAAACUAAAAUAAGUGCUUUUAGCUGUUUGGUAAAUAAAAGUUGCAUUUUCUAA